AUGCGUGAUGCAGGCAGGGCUACCUUCGCCAAGGUCCGGUGCUGGGACGCUGUGUUCGCCCGGUGGAAUGCCCAGCAUGCUGACUUGUGCUUCACGGAAGCGCAGCUGCGGAACCGGCUCACCACGCUGAAGGGGUGGGUGAAAGACAUCAGGCAACUCAAGUCAAGGGUGCGCCCGGGAGUGACUUGGAACCCCGCUACCGAUCGCUUCGAUCCGCAUACCAUGGUUCGUGAUAAUGAUAAUAUCACGAAGGAUGGUAAAUGGGAUGAUUAUAAACGGUGGGUCUACCACACCGCACCGUGGUUCAGCCUAGGCGAGCAGGUUGUACCCAAGUCCCGCUUGCGUAGCAGCAGGUACGCAUUCACAAUGACAGGGGAUGGCGACAGAUAUUACUCAGACGGCCCAGGUGGAGACGAUCUCUCGAGUGGGGAUGAAGUGGCGGAUGAAGUGGCGGAUGCAGCGCAUGAUAGAGGUCGGCAGCGCCGCCGCCUGGGACUUGAGCACAGCAGUCCUCACCCGUCUGUGCCUUCGAGUGCCCCCGGAUCCCAUCCUCCUGCAUCCGCUUCCCUCGCUCCUGCAGCAUCCGCCGUUCCCCCACACGCUGCAUCUCCACCCGCCGCUCCUGCAGCAAGCCCCACUACCGCACCCGCUGCACUCCCGUCCAAUGCAAGUAGAGGCCCAGCUAGAAUCACUGCCACUGGCACAAGGUCAUUCCCAAUGUGGACCGAUGACCUCACAGCCGACCUCCUCCGCUGCGUCAUAGCGGCCAUGCGGGAUACAGGCAGGGCGCCCUUUGUCAAAGUGCAGUGCUGGGACGCUGUGUUCGCCCGAUGGAAUGCCCAGCAUGCGGAUUUGAACUUCAUGACGGAGCAGCUGCGGAACCGGCUCACUGCUGUGAAGGCGUGGGUGAAAGACAUCAGGCAACUCCAGUCGUGGGUGCGAGAAGGUGUGAACUGGGACCCUGCACGCGACUUCUUCGACCCGAGUAUCAUGGUGAGUUGGAGUCGUUUUUAG